GGAGCGGAAUGGUCACUGCUGAUCGGUAUGGCUCGAACACCACGUCAUUGCCAGGAAGCAGCCUUCACAAUCGCCAACGAGCGGCUGCUCGACCUGACCCCAGACCAGGUGAACCUGCACGGGGGAGCAGUGACCCUAGGCCACACCAUAGGCGCAUCAGGGGCGCGUGUGCUCAUGUCGCUGCUCUCCUGCCUCGCUGCCAUGGAUUUGAAGCGCGGCGUCAGCGAUGUGCAUCAGUGGCGGCAGUGCCACGGCAGUGGUGGUGGGGCACAGGCCGGGGCACUGGUAGCAGCAGGAGGUGUAGGCCAAGGAGUGAAGCGCCAAUUUACAUGGGAACUGGGCCCUUCCUCAUCCACCUCCCCCUUCCCACUCACGCCCUUCUCCCCAUGCGGUUGA